UACAACGGACAAAAUGAAAAGACGCAAACUUGUACAAACAAGGCGAAGAACUAUCAAGAAAGGACUGCAAUGAAUAAAUUUUAUGCGAAAGCUUCAGAAUUAGCCAAAAACGUGAAAUGGAAAGCCCACGUCAACAAAAUUGUCCGAUAGAGAACUAAUUGUUCGUUGUUCGCCGUUCUCUCGAUUCUAGAGCAAUGUGAAACUUGUGAGCAAUCAACAAAGUUAGUCUGAAGUUGGUACUAGUUCACACCAGAGUUCGUGGUAAUAAACAAGCUGAACAGCUGAAGAUGAAGAGCAGGACGGUUCCUUUCAUAGGAUUUCCUAUAAGUCAUCCAUCAAUGAUCAUAAAAAUUUGGAAAAAUGAGAAAAAUCGGAAACAUUGUGAACAGUUUUUCAUUAAAACGAUUUGGGAGGUUGAAAUGUGUGAAUCUCGUUAAUAUAUAUAACAAACUAUUAAAUAACUUUAGAUAUUACAUUCAAGUUUCCAUUUUAGCGGACAUCCUGUAUCUAUUGUGUUGACUUGAAGAGAUAUGUUUAUUAAUUAUUGUAGUGGGGCAUCGAGAGUAGCUACUCGAAUUGAUAAAAACGAAUAAUCUAAUCAAUUCCACUUGUAAUUAACAAUUUCAUUAUACGGUAAAGAAAAUAUACGAAACUGAAUUAAUUAUCUGCUCCAACAUUAACUUACUGUCCGGUAGGUAUACAAACACCGUUUAAACAUUCAUCAGUUGUUUAGAUGUUUUGCAUUAGGUAUCUUGUUAGUGGGUUCACGUGUAUCUUGUAUGUUGACAGAAAAGUGAAAAUAGUGUAAAAUGGAAAUAGUGAAAGGGGCUGCGACAUUUACUAAGACUGCUAUCGCUACAAGCACCUCUUGGUUGCCGUCAUCACCAGAAUAUAAGCCGAAGUCAUCUUUGGGUAUAGUACCACCCAAAACGAGAUAUAAACUAGAUGGGUUAAUUACCCCUGACCAAUGGUUGGAAAGUCGAAAAAAUACCGAUGGAGCAGAAGGUUUAUGGAGAAUACACGAUAAAUUAUAUGAUUUUACAAGUUUCAUCGGACAACAUCCUGGAGGAAAAGACUGGCUGAUAUUAACAAAAGGUACAGAUAUAUCAGAAAUUUUCGAGUCUCAUCACAUAUCCGAUUUACCCGAACAAAUGAUAAGAAAAUAUUUCGUUAAAGAAGCAAUAACGAAAAGAAACGUCCCGUUUACGUUCGACGAAGACGGAUUCUAUCGAACUCUCAAAAGAGAAGUCAGAAAAUCCUUAAAUGAUAUACCAAAAAAUACCUACUGCAUAUCUGAUUUAUAUUCAGACGGAUUAUUAUUUUUAUUAUUCCUAUUUUCGACGUUAGCCGUGAAAUGGUGGAGUUUUACGUUAGCUACAGCCGCUGGGGUAGCUUUAGGUCUAUUAACUAUAGCUGCCCAUAAUUACGUACAUCGGAAGGAUAAUCUGAGGAUGUUUUAUCUUCAAUUUUCUCUACUGCAAAUAAGAGAAUGGCGUAUAACUCAUUGUUUGAGUCAUCAUCCUUUUACCAACACAAUAAUAGAUUUAGAGAUAAUGAUGGUGGAGCCGUUUCUUCAAUUUCUUCCUUACAAGAAAAUCUUCGGCGGGUAUUUUUCACUGGUGGUGUACCCGUUCACCUUAACUCUAAGUUUUCCAGGGUUAUUUAUGAAAAGGUUGAUGAGUUCUCCAAGCUGUAAUUAUAAAAAUAUUGAUAUUAAGGACACUUCUGGACUCAUCUUACCUAUAUUUAUGUUCAUAACUGGAAAACAAACAAUAUUUUACACAGUUUUAAUGUGGUGCUUCAUUCUAUUGGUUGGUUCUUAUAUUUUUACUUUAAUUGGAUUAAGCGCAGCCCAUCAUCAUCCUGAUGUUUUCCACGACGGAGAUACUCCAAGAACCUCGGAGGAAUACGAUUGGGGUAUUAGUCAAUUAGACGCGGUAAUGGAAAGGAAAGAUAUAACAGGUUCUGAUUUCUUGGUGUUAACCACUUUUGGUGAUCACUGUUUACAUCAUAUGUUCCCAACAUUAGACCAUUCCACUCUCAAAUACUUGUAUCCAACAUUGGAAAAAGUGAUGCGACAAUUCGAUUUGAACUUGAGGUUAAUAUCGCAAAUAGAUGCCGCCAUCGGGGCGGUACAACAAAUGAUCAAAGUCGAACCGAAUCAAUCGCCACCGGAUUUAAAAAAAAAUGAAAUGUUUCCACGUUGUCAGACAUAAAAUUUUUAAUGUAAUUAUUCGUAAAUUGAAGAUUUAUUUUGAAACGAAAUUUGUAUAUAUCGAUCUUUACCGUGUGAUGAAUUAUUUUCAAAAUGUAUUUAAUAGAUCAAAUUCAAUCGAAAGGGAAAUAAAUUUUUUUAUAAUAGCGA